AUGUCUGAAACUCAGCAGGUUCAGAACUCCACUGGAUCAACUCGAUCUUCAGAGAAUAUUGAAGAUAACUUCAGGACGAUGAAAGUUAAUGAAGAGCAAUCAAGUCCUUAUCCUGAUCGUCCCGGUGAGCGAGAUUGCGAGUUCUUUCUUAGAACUGGUCAGUGUGGCUAUGGAAACAGCUGCCGUUACAAUCAUCCUCUUUCUCAUAUUCCACAGGGUGUAUUUUAUCAAAGAGACGAACUGCCUGAGAGGAUUGGUCAGCCAGAUUGUGAGUAUUUUCUGAAGACAGGAGCAUGUAAGUAUGGCUCAACAUGUAAAUAUCACCACCCAAAAGACAGGAACGGUGCUGGACCCGUGCUGUUCAAUGUUCUCGGUUAUCCUAUGCGACAGGGUGAGAAGCCAUGCCCAUAUUACAUGCAGAAAGGAAUUUGUAGAUUCGGAGUCGCCUGCAAAUUCCAUCAUCCUCAUCCUAAUACUCAGCCUCAUAAUGGCCAAGCUACUACAUAUGGAAUGUCUAGCUUUCCUUCUGUUGGUUUUCCUUAUGCCGGUGGCUUGCCGAUGAUGUCUUUGCCUCCUCCAACAUAUGGAGUUAUGCCACCUCUUGGAACUUAUGGAGGAGCUAUGCCACGUCCUCAUGUUCCUCACCCUCAGGCCUAUAUGCCCUUCAUGGUUGCACCUUCUCAAGGCCUUAUGCCUCCUCAAGGCUGGCCUACUUACAUGGGUGGAGCUAACUCCAUUUAUAAUAUGAAAACUCAACCUGAGUCCAGUUCUAGUGCAUCGGUGCCUGUGGCAGUGUCAUCGCAUCAGCACAGUUUUCCUGAUAGAGCUGAAUGUAGGUUCUUCAUGACUACUGGAACCUGUAAAUACGGAGAUGACUGCAAAUACUUUCAUCCGAAAGAAAGGAUGGUACCACCACCACCAGAUCUCUUAAACCCUGUUGCUCUUUCAGCUAGACCAGGGAAACCAGCAUGUCCUAACUUCAAGAAAGGAUUCUGCAAGUAUGGAAAUAACUGCAAGUUUGAUCACCCAAGUCCACUAAACUCUUACGAUGGUACAGGCCUGACCAUGCCUUAUCUGCCUACUGCUUAUGCUUCACCUUUUACAACUCAUCAGCCAAGCCGGUCUGACUCAACUGCUCUCUCCAAUGGUAGUAAAUCUGCUGCAGAGAAUCACACCUCAGAGACUGAGAAACAAGACGACAAGUCUGAAGUGCAGGACCACCCAUCACAACUAAGCGGCUCUGACUCAAGUGCUCUCUCUAAUGGUAAAAAACCUGCUGCAGAGAGUCACACCUCAGAGACUGAAGGAACAGAGAAGUCUGAAAUGCAGGUUCCAUCACAAGAAAGCAGCUCUGAUUCAACCGCCCUGUCCAAUGGUAAUAAACCUGAUGAAGAGAGUCCAAGUUCAGAGAGUAAGAAACAUGAAGACAAUCCUUCACAACCUGACAACUCAGGAAAGCAGAACUCAUCAGAUAAUGCUUCAUGA